UACCACUGGUUUCUCUCUCUCUCUCUCUCUCUCUCUGGGAAUGGCGUCGAGUCUGUUCAAAACCCUAAUCAGAUCGUCGAAUUCUCCAUCAUUGGCCAGAAAUCUCAGCCUCGUCAGGGUACAAGUCGGCAACCACACCGCCAAAUGGAUGCAGGAUACGAGUAAGAAGUCCCCAAUGGAGUUGAUCAAUGAAGUUCCACCCAUCAAGGUUGAGGGCAGAAUUGUUGCUUGUGAAGGAGACAGCAAUCCUGCGCUUGGGCACCCAAUCGAGUUCAUAUGCCUUGACCUGAGUGAGCCAGCUAUCUGCAAGUAUUGUGGCCUACGCUAUGUUCAGGACCAUCAUCACUAGGAUUCUGAAGGUGAUUAUUCUGCAACCUUACGAUCUGCAGUGAUGAGUUCCUAGGGGAUACUUGUGACGUGGCAAGGUUCAUGUUUGUAGUGCCAAUAUUGUUUUUUUCUCAGACAGAAUCAUGGUGUAAUGAUAUCCUUUCUUGUGCCUAACAUUUCGCAAAAUAAGGAUUUGACAUGCCCUUUCAUGUUUUUCUGUGAGGGUCUAUCUCUAUUAAGAAUAUCUGAAGUGCAUUUACCAUUUA